AUGUUCGACGCUGGCGGCGAGGCUACGAGGAGCGUGGCUGACAUGGUGCCGCUAGUGGACACGCUCCAACGCCUCGGCAUCGACAACCACUUCCGCCAGGAGGUUGACGCCGCGUUAAAACGCAUCAACAGCUGCGAGAGUUUGGACGACGGCCUCCAGAUCGUUGCUCUUCGCUUUCGUCUACUUAGGCAACAUGGCGUCUGGGUCCCUGCAGAUGUAUUCGACAGAUUCAGAGAUGAAAGGACGGGCAGUUUCAGUGAAAGUCUGGCCAGUGAUCCGAGGGGCUUACUGAGCCUAUACAACGCGGCUCACAUGGCAACACCUGGCGAGCAGGCCCUCGACGAAGCCAUCUCCUUCUCCAGGCGUCACCUUGCGUCCAUGAAUGGCAGGCUCCCGUCGCCACUGGAAGAGCAAGUGUCCCGUGCCCUCGACAUCCCACUCGCACGCCUGCCAAAGCGGCUGGAGACGUGUGUGGUGUUCCAUGAGGAGGAAUACUCUCGUGCGCGAAUGCUGUUUGCCAAGACAUUCGGGUUGCUGUCCUUGAUGGAUGACACGUACGAUGUGUAUGCUACAUUAGAGGAAUGCCAUAUACUCAACGAUGCUAUACAGAGAUGGGAUGAAACCACUGCUUCCAUUCUUCCAGAGUACAUGAAAAUGUUCUACAUCAAUCUUGUGAGGAACUUUCAAGAGUUUGAGCAUAGUUUGCAGCCAAAUGAGAAGUACCGCGUAUCCUAUGCAAAGCAAGCGUUUAAACUGUCAUCAAAGUACUAUCUGGACGAGGCCAAAUGGUGCAGUGAGAAAUACGCGCCGAGCUUCAAAGAGCACAUGGAGGUGACAUGGCGACCAGGGAGGCGUUCCAGUGGGCGAUCGGCGUCCCGGACCUGCAUGGUCACCGCCAGUGGAGAGGUCGCUCGUUUCCUCAACGACAUCGCUUCGUACAAGAAGGGGAAGAACAAGAAGGACGUGGCAAGCUCCGUGGAAUGCUACGCCAAGGAGCAUGCAUGGCACGUCAGGGGAGGAGGCGGUGACCGCGAUCGCGGGGAUGGCGGAGCACGCGUGGAAGACGAUUAA